AUGAUUGGUAAUGAGACGACAGAACUUCUUAGUGGAGGAGAACGAGAAGGCUACGGAAACUCUGAGUUGGCCCGGAAUGUCCGAAGUGCCUCCGCAGGAGCCUUGGGAGGAUCUGCAAGCUUAGGAAACUUUCGAAUUGCCGAGGAACCCAAGGUUAAUGGAUUACCCAAGUCCUAUAGUGUAUCAGCAGAUGGAAGUCCGUCAUAUCUGACACCGUCGGAACUUGGAAGGCAAGAAUUGUACACUCAGGUUCCUUUUACAGCUGUCUUUGGACUGCAAAAAUUAGAGCGCUCCAUUUCCGGUGCCUUUGCCAACUAUGCUGCAGAAGUGGAUACCUCUACUUUACAGGGACUUUCGGAAGAAGAACGAAACCUUCGGUCGUCUCGUGCCAGCAUGAUCAUCUUGGAUGAACUUGAGUUUGAUGCACAGGUGGUCACGGCUCCUCUGGUCUUUGCCAUUAUUGUUGCCGCGGCAUCGCAGUUCUUGGUGGGAUACAACACAGGUGUUAUGAACGCACCCGAGAAGGUUGUCUUUCCAGGUCACAGUACCGGUCUCUGGUCACUUGCUGUCGCUGCCUUUGCUGUAGGUGGACCUUUUGGGGCCAUUGUUGGUGGCAAAAUGGCCGAUCAACGUGGGCGUAGGGGAGCGCUCUUGUUGGAUACUUGGACAUUCAUGCUGGGUGGCCUUUUGCAGACAAUUGCUCCUGACAUGUACACCAUUAUCAUUGCUCGUUUCAUUAUUGGUUUUGCCAGUGGAUACUCCUCGGUCUUGGUUCCAAUUUAUUUGGGAGAAUUGGCACCGCCCACGCUUCGUGGAUUGCUGGGAACCUUGACGCAAUUUGCUUUGGUUAUUGGAAUUCUGAUUGCGAAUUUGUUGGCCUUUCCUUUUGCUAAUGAAAACACCUGGAGAGUAAUUUUUGCUGUAACACCCUUGAUUUCUUUGCUCCAGUUGCUCUUUUCUCCCUUUCUGUUGGAGUCGCCCCGUUGGUUGUUGAACCGGGACCCAAACUCUUUGCGAGCACGAUACAUUAUCAAGCGCUUGCGUGGAUUGCGACAUGAUCAUGAAGUUGAGGCAGAAGUUGGCAACUUUGUCAUGGGAGAGGCAGCGCAAAAGCAGACCGAAGCAACCACCACUGCUGUCCUGUCAGAAAUGAUUUCGCAUCCCAAGCUUCGCAAACUACUAAUGUCAUGCAUCAUCCUUCAAGUGGCACAGCAAUUCAGUGGUAUCAACGCGGUUUUCUAUUACUCGACAGCUUUCUUUGAUGGCAUCAUCGAUAAUCCUUUGGUGGGGACAACCAUUGUUGGAGCUGUCAAUGUCUUGGCAACCUAUGUCGCACUCCUUCUUAUGGACUCCUGCGGCCGCAAGAGCCUGAUCUUGUGGUCCAGUGGAGGCAUGUUCAUUGCGUGUGUGGUCAUUGUCUUGUCUCUCAAGGGAAUUUUAGGCAACAUGUUUGCGUUGUUGGCAGUCAAUGUCUAUGUUUGCUUUUUUGAAAUCGGUCUUGGGCCGAUCCCAUGGCUGAUUGUGGCCGAAAUGUUUGAAGGCAAAUACGUUGCCUCGGCCAUGAGUUUGUGUUGCCAAGUCAACUGGGCGUGUAACUUUAUCAUUGGUUUGGUUUUUCCAUACAUGAACCAAUACCUUGGCCCAUGGUCCUUUGGACCCUUUGGGCUUGUCUUGGGCAGCGUCUUUGUCUUUGCCCUCUCUGUUUUGCCCGAAACUCAGGGUACCACACCAGACGAAUUGAUUGCCGAGAUGACCAGGAAGAACUCGAGAAGCAUGGUCUACGAAGUGAAUGAGGAAGAUGCUGGAGCCAUCGAUAUGGAAUGGCGCAAGGCAAUGGAGCAGCUGAUGGAAGAAGAACAAACACAGAUGCACUCUGGAACAUAUGAUUAUGGUUUCAAACCAGUCGAUGGGCUUGGGAAUAGCCAGCGCGAUAAUUUUAUCUAG